AUGCCAAGCUAUGUUGCAGUCACUUGCACAGUGCCUCAACGCAAGAUAUGGAUACAAGCAACCCUGAUGGCCAUCGGAUUCCAUAUCUAUACUGUCUUUGGGCCCUCAUGGGCGAAUCUCUACAUCUCCAUCUUCGUUGGAUUUCUAAUCAGCUUGAUCGGCCUGAAUGGCAUCGUAAGUUGCAGCCAGGACCAAUACAGCCAAUGGCUCAUCCAACACUUCAAACGACUCCGAGAACAUCAGUAUUGGGCAGCUGGGCAGGAUGAAGAUAAUCAUUACAAUAUCGGUCAAGCAAUAGAAGUGUGCAAGGAGAUGGAACUCCAGAGCCUGUUGUCUUACCCUCACGAACAUUCUAAGCGAUGUGCGAGAGGCUGCUUGUUGAGGCACAGUGAUGUCUUUAUCAUAUUCGGAGAUCAUCGCGCUGAACCUCUUGCCCCGAGAUAUGCUAGGAAUGUACUCGAAGGAAAGGACAUAGAGUUCGCCGGUGGACUGGACGAGAAAGCGGAGGACACCGAUACCGAUCUUUAUACAGGCAUAAAUACCCCCAGGACAGACGUUGAGGGGAAGAGAGAUGGCGACGAGGAUGGCGGAUUGUUGAAAGACCAAAAAGGCGAUGAUUCUCUGGAUAAGUCGAAUGAAGCUCGUGAAGCAGCAGGAGGUGGAACAGCUAGUGAACCAGAAGCCCAAGAGACCUCGGACUCAAGUUUGCCGAAAGUCAAAGGUCCACAUCCACAGAAGAAGAAUGUGAAGAGGAAGUGGUGA